AUGGCGACCUCGCCGGGCGAUACUCUGAUCGAUGGAGGCCAUCUAGUCGCUAAGCUGGCUGCGGCCGCUCUGCUAGCGCCCGCUCUCGUAUGGAGUUCGGGUCUCCUCCCCGGCACCUCCAAUCUCUACCGCCGACUCUUUCGUGGCCGCCGCCGGCAUGCUCUCCCGCUCCCCAUUAGCCAUGAUGCCGUCGACUCCUUACGGAUUGCUGGUGAGAUGCCCAAAUCCUUGGCCAUCUUAGAAGAUGUCGUGCAACACACUCUGUCUAAUCUGCAUACUAUUCACAAAAGCAUACAGUAUUGGCAGUCAAGAGCCUUGGGAACAGAUUCACAUCUAGUGUAUUUUAUGAUGUUUCAAAGAGGUCCAGAGGCCUUUGCUCAAGCAACAUGCCAAGCUCUGACUAGCCUCAGGAGCAACGGAAGCCCAUCCGAGUACCUUUUACACUCUGCAUCUGAUAUCAGGAUUAUAAUCGUAUACAUGAAUUUUAACUUGCAAUUUCAACAGGUAUAUUCUGAAGUUGAUACAUGCAGAGAUAAAUUAACGGAAAGUUCAGAUCAAUCACUGUGUACACUGAUCGCGGCUUUGGACUUUGUCUUCCGCGAAUUGGAGGACUCUUUUGGAAAUGCUGGCGAUGGUCAAAUUGUAGCAACACAUGACGGAAACGUACCUAUGCGUCUCUUCAAAAGUUUGCCAGAAGUUCAUGUUGGGAGUUCAGACGCUGUAACAGAAAGCGCUAUAAGUUUAAUCUAUGAAAACUUGCAGGGGCUGGAUAGUUUUGUUUCUUCUGAGAUUUCAAGCCAUAGAAAGCCACGAAAUAUUACCAUAUACUGGUUACCCUACACAUUUGGAGCAAUCGGCCUUUCUGCAUGUUCUCUGUGGCUUUUACGCCAUAGUAGCUUGAUGGGAAGUUCUGACAUGGACAACUGGAUUCAUGAUGCUAAGGAGUCGGCUGCUAGAUUUUGGGAUGUGAAUGUUGCAAAACCGACCAUUUCCAUUAGAGAUUUGCUUCUCGGGGUAUUCAAGUGCACAGAUAAAUGUGGAGUGAGAAAACUUGAGGCCCAAUCGACUGCAGAAUCAUUGCGAAGGAUGUUACUUGCCUUCUCUGAGCAAACUUUGAAUGAAGAACAGCCACAAGAUGCAUCAGAGCAAGCUUUGAUGGACACUGUCAUGAAGAGAUAUGAGGAGGAGCUGAAGCAUCCAGUUCAAAACAUGUUCAGUGGAGAAUUAGCCCGUACCAUGCUUAUUGAGAUCCAGAAGCAUAGACUAGAUCUUGAGCAGUCAUUGGUGGAAUUGGAUCGUAUUGUGAAGGCAAAUCGGAUAAAUCUUGCUAUGCUUGCAGCUCUGCCUACAUUUGGUCUUUCUCUUCUGCUGCUCAGUCCAGUACGAGCAUUGGCUGUGCAUGUCCAAGGUGCAGAAAGGAAAGGCAGGAUUGCAAGGCGUCAGGGAAGGCUGCUUCUCAUUCAGGCUGAGCAAAAACUUAUGGAGUUCAUGAGAUGCAAAGAUAAUGAAAUGGAUGAAGAGGCGUGCUUUAAUUUUGGAUUGGCAGUGUACGCGCUUGACAGACUAUACAAUGCUGUUGAGUUUCAUGCUCGGGGAACAGACGAGUGGUUUAGAGUUAGAGAAGACAUUUUUCAGCUGGCAAUGCCUAGCACGGGAAUGCAGCGUAAGAAGAAUAUUUUAUCGCGACUGGAUUCGAUGUACGAGUGCCUAUUUCCACUGCAACAUCUGUAAAUCUCUUAUUUAUCAGGCUUUGGUCGAGCAGUGAUUCAGUUAACUUACCUGUAAAUUAUACCGUGAAAAAUCUGCUACUUAUAUUGUGCUAGAACACGUGAAGAUUUUAACGUGAAUGCUUGUGACUUUGUGA